UAACUGCAUCAGCAUCAAUGGCGUCCCUGCUGAGAGUGAGGUCAAGGGCGAGGCCCAACCCUCUCUUCCUCCGCACUCUCCCCACUUUCCUCCACCUCCGUCACACCCUCUGCUCCGCCACCCAGUUCCAACCCGACCCUGACUCACCGCCAACAACCACCAAGGUCCUGGAAUCCUUCAAGGAGGAAUUCGAAGUAGGGUCCCGCCUCAUCACUCUCGAGAGCGGCAAGGUCGCACGCUUCGCAAACGGCGCCGUCGUUUUGGGCUUGGACGGCACCAACGUCCUCUCCACCGUCUGCUCCGCCAGGGGCGACGCCGUUCGCGAUUUCUUGCCCCUCACUGUGGAUUACCAAGAAAAGCAGUUUGCCCAAGGUGUGAUUCCAACAACAUAUAUGCGUAGGGAAGGUGCCCCAAAGGAACGUGAACUAUUGUGUGGUCGGAUCAUUGACCGUCCAAUUCGGCCAUUAUUCCCGCCUGGGUUUUACCAUGAGGUUCAGGUUAUGGCAAGUGUUCUUUCUUCUGAUGGAAAUCAAGAUCCAGAUGUACUAGCAGCUAAUGCAACAUCUGCUGCUCUUAUGUUAUCAGAUAUUCCUUGGGGUGGUCCCAUAGGAAUGAUUCGUAUUGGGAGGAUAUGUGGGCAAUUCAUUAUAAAUCCUACUAUGGAUGAGUUAAGUGUAAGUGAUCUUAAUUUGAUAUAUGCAUGUACAAGGGACAAAACUUUGAUGAUCGAUGUACAAGCCCGUGAGAUUUCUGAGAAAGAUCUAGAAGCUGGGAUAAGAUUGGCUCAUCCUGAGGCAAUUAAGUAUAUUGAACCUCAAAUCAGGCUUGCUGCAAAAGCUGGUAAAUCUAAGAAAGAAUACAAACUUUCUAUGUUGUCGGACAGAACAAUGGAGAAAGUUAGCAGCAUGGCAGCAGCGCCUAUUGAAGCUGUUUUUACUGAUCCUAGUUAUGGAAAGUUUGAGCGUGGAGAAGCAUUGGAUGGUAUUACACAAGAUGUAAAGAGGGUGCUUGAGGAAGAAGGUGAUGAAGAGAGCUUAAAAGUUUUGCCGAAGGCAGUAGACACAGUGAGAAAGAAGGUUGUCCGUAAAAGAAUUAUUGCAGAAGGAUUCAGAGUUGAUGGAAGACGGUUGGAUGAAGUUAGGCCUUUAUGUUGUGAGGCUGGAAUUUAUUCCGUAUUGCAUGGAUCUUCACUUUUUAACCGUGGAGAAACACAGGUCCUCUGUACAGUAACACUUGGAGCACCUACAGAUGCUCAAAGAUUGGACUCUUUAGUUGGUCCUCCAACAAAGCGAUUCAUGCUUCACUACAGUUUUCCACCUCAUUGCAUUAAUGAAGUUGGUAAACGUGGUGGUCUGAACAGGCGUGAAGUUGGGCAUGGAACUCUUGCUGAGAAAGCCCUUCUUGCUGUUUUGCCUCCUGAAGAUGAUUUUCCCUAUACUGUUCGUGUCAACUCAGAAGUUAUGGCUUCAGAUGGUUCAACAUCAAUGGCAACAGUAUGUGGAGGUAGCAUGGCUCUUAUGGAUGCUGGCAUUCCAGUACGUGAACAUGUUGCUGGUGUUUCUGUGGGUCUUGUCAGUGAAGUUGAUCCAUCCACUGGUGAAAUAGUGGAUUAUCGUAUAUUGACUGAUAUUCUGGGCUUGGAAGACCACUUGGGUGACAUGGACUUCAAGAUUGCUGGGACUCGAAAAGGAGUUACUGCUAUUCAGUUGGACAUAAAACCAGCUGGAAUUCCUGUAGAUAUCAUAUGUGAAUGUUUAGAACCUGCUCGUAAAGCUCGCCUUCAAAUUCUUGAUCACAUGGAACAGGAAAUUAGUGCACCUCGUAACAAGGAUGACAGUACUACGCCACGAUUAGCCACCUUAAAGUACAGCAAUGAUGCUAUUCGUCGCCUAAUUGGGCCAAUGGGUGCUCUGAAGAGAAAAAUGGAAGAGGAAACAGGUGCUCGGAUGUCUGUAGGCGAUGGAACACUUACAAUAGUUGCUAAAAAUCAGGCUGUAAUGGACAAAUUACUGGAGAAGAUUGAUUUUAUAGUAGGCCGUGAAAUUGAAGUUGGAGGAAUCUACAAAGGUGUUGUCACCUCUAUAAAAGAAUAUGGAGCUUUUGUGGAGUUUAAUGGUGGCCAGCAAGGGCUUCUCCACAUUUCUGAGUUGUCACAUGAGCCGGUUUCCCGAGUUGCAGAUAUAGUCUCUAUUGGCCAGCAGCUUUCUUUGAUGUGCAUAGGCCAAGAUGUUCGUGGUAACAUUAAAUUAUCCCUUAAGGCAGUUAAGCCUCGUCCCGGAGGAUCAGAGACUGAUGAUGUAGGUGAAGGAUCUGUGGCAUCUGCAAAAGAAACAGCCAAAAUUUGGGCACCGGUUGGGGAUGAAUCUAAAGCAGAAGAGCAACACAAUUCUGCCUCUGAUUUUCCGAUAGGCAAAAAUGAAUUAGGUGAGGCGAAGCCAGCUACCUCCCAAGUACCAGUAUUUUUAAUACGUAGUGCUGAAGAGUGUGAUGGGGAUGAGAAGUCUACCAGCUCAAAUCUGACAUCAGAGGAUACCCCCAAAAAUAAAGGGAGAGAACCAAUUCACAAGUCAAAAUCUCGUCAAUCUCAAGAUGUGAUGGAUGCUUCAUCUUCGCAUUCAGGUCCCUUCCCACGUACUAAUGCUAAGAAGUCAAAAAAUCUGAAGCAGAAAAAGUCUAGUUCGCAUUUGGAGGAGUGUGAGAAGGAAGCUGAAGAUAAGGAAGCGGUAACUGCAAAACAACUGAAAAUUGGAACUAAAGUUACUUCCAAAGUGCAUCAAAUUCGUGCACACGGGUUGGUAUUGGAUUUGGGUGGAGGACUUAAAGGAAUGUACCGAUUUGAGGAGAAUAGUGAUAAAAGGAACUUUAAGAUAGGUGAGGAGAUCAGAGUAGCAUGCUCAAGCUUUUCUAGCAAGGGGAUUCCAGUAAUGACUAUGGUGGAUGAAGACUAAAUUCCUAGUGGUCAUUCCUUUUCUCGAGCAAUCCCAUAGGUGUAAACUACUAAGAUGAUGACUUCGAAGAUCUACUCGCAGCACGCUGGAAGCAAAAGUGAUUGUUAUUCUGGUUUCUGGUUAGUCACCAGUGAUUUUAUUAAAGAACUGGAUCAUAAUGAGUGCUAUUGACAUCAAUCAGUUCAUGCCACCGACACCAUUUAGUGAGACUACACUAAAUUGUUGUUGAGCUGCUGAAAAUUCAUUCAAUGAAUUUUGGGAGACAUUUCACAUUGUGGUCCAUAGAUUUAACCAAAUGAAGCAUGAAAAGCUGAUGAAAAUGAGUCUGAGAGUCUAGAGAUGGUUGAUGCAAGAUUACCAAAAUAACCACCGUUUCAUAGCAAGACAGUGGUAUGAGUCUAGUAAUUGACUAACAUUUAGUUGUUAAUCAUCUAUACUACUAUCUGUCUAAUUUUUGUUGAGGGAAGGACUAAAUAAAUGUAUACGAGUUAUUCUUGACUAGGGUUUUGGUACUUAUAUUGAUUGCAUGUUCGUUUAUGAAUAUUUGAUCCUCAUCUAAAUGGAAAAUGUGAUUUGGUUUCUGA